AUGUCCACGCCUAUCGACUCGAAUUACGACAUUGAACGCAACGCGGCGGGUGGUGAUAAUGUUCCCAUUGAUAAGCACUCGGACCAAUCUGGCUUCAUACCACCGGCUGGAUGUGAGGGUGGGGAUCCCGGUGACCUGACCUCGGGGAUGUCUGAGACUCUCUAUCUGCCGGGAAACAAUCUCAACGGCUCUGACUUCUUCCCCACUCUCGAAGGACUCGAUGAUGAGGCCCCCUUUGAGAGAGCGAGAAAGAUGGCUAAGAUGAGCAGCACCGAAGAGUUCCCUUGUGGCCCUUCUAUUGGUGACGAUCUCGGUCCGAGUGACGCCGUUCCUGACACCUCUGUGAUCGGGUCUAAUGACAACUCUGCUCUGCUUAUCAAGUUGCUCACCUCAACUGAUGUUGACAGGGAUCUCCCCUCAGAAGGCCUUGAUCACAGUCAAGCCCUCUACUCGGCCUUGGUCGGUUUAGCAACAAGUGACAGUAGAAAAUCUACUUUGGGACCAUCAGACACCUCGAAGGCUUCUGCAGACUCUUCAUCCCUCAGUCAUCGCCCCCCAAAGCGUCCAUUCCAGGGGCAACAACACAGUGGGCCUGCCCUUAUCCUCGGCCCUGAACUCUUCUCUGCGGUCGUCUCACAGUCAUCUGGUCCUACACCAUUAGCUGCUGCGGUAACUACUCCUACUAUAGGGCGAUCUACGGGGAGGUCUCAGGCGAACAAUGCUACGGGCAAGUUCGCUGGUGCACAGAACUUCCCGAAUGAUGAUGCCAAUGGUCCGGUGAGGGUGGUUCGUAGAGUUCAUGGUUGGGUGACUAUUCUUAGGAACGGAGGGCGACAGGCCACUGGGCCGUACCGUGAGACUGUUCAUCAAUGUGUUGAGGACCAGAAGGAGGUUCAUCGACUACGAGCGGAGAGGGGUAUGACGAACACUGAGGUGAUGCAGCUCCUUGAGCAGAUGAAGCAUGUUACCGAUCGACAUCCCUCUACGCUGUUAAUCAAGAAGCCCAAGAAACUGGAUUAUGCUGCUCCUAUAGGGGUUAGACGUAUGCACAAGGGUUACAGAGCUAGCGUACGAGUUAGAGGUAGAGAGGUAUACGGCCCACUACGACAGGAUGUUGCUGACGCUUCUUGUGAUAGAGCUGAGAUGAUGAAGUAUCGUCACGUAGUUGACGCCCCCGGCAUGAGGGCAUUCGUUAAGACCCUUAAAGAGCGUGUCUAUCCACACCAUGAGGAUGUCUGUCAAGCUUCAUCUAAUGAACAAGUAUCGUCGUCCUCCUCCAGUCAGUUAAACCACACUCAAAGUUUUAUGCCUGUGCUGCAUUCGGAUGCCCAAGGGCCUAUCUUACCUAUCAGUUGAGAGUCCAGUUGAAGUAUCUUCGCAAUAAUAUAUCUCGUUAGUAUCGCCUAAGUCGCGAUUCACUCGACGCAACGUAUGUAAUAUUUACUCUGAGGGACUUUGCACCCUGUGGGAAGGUCCAGGGGUGUAUGCUGGUCCGGAUCUAUCUUAUUUUUCAUUGCUACCCCGUAGUGGUAUAAUUUUAUUCCCCAUAAUCAUUAUCAGUCGUAGAAAGUACUACCAGCUGUAGCAGGUUUCGCCGAAGAAUCUUUUCGU